CUCGAGCAGUCUCCCUCUCUAUUUCUACAGAAGAGAAAACCAUUCAUGAAUGCACAGACCACAAGACCUCUGCUACGAUCGCUGCUCAGCAAUAAGAAAUACAUUGCCACGCCGACCUCUUCACCUCGCGUUCACCAUCUCCUACCCCUCCGAAUCAUGUCCUCUAGCUCUGCCCCAAUAACCCUCUCGUCCCUCACAUACCUGCAAGGCAAAGCCCUGGCCCCUCUCCUACUUGAUCCUACUGAACAGGCAAAGAUUGCCGUGAUUGAUGUUCGAGAUUCAGAUCACGUAGGUGGAAACAUCAAAGGGAGCACAUGGAUCCCACUUAACCAGCUAGAUGUGCGGAUACCUGAACUCUUGAGGACGCUCAAGGACAAGGAGAAAGUGGUUUUCCACUGCAUGUUGAGUCAGCAGAGAGGUCCUCGCGCGGCGUUGAUGUACGCAAGAGCGAAACGGGCACACAGUUCCAAGGAGCAAAAAGCAGAGCAAUCUGAUGAAGAGGUGGCGCAGGGAGCGCAAGAAGUGUGCGUGUUAGAGGGUGGCUUCGGGCAGUGGCAAGCACAGUUUGGGGAAGAUCCUCGAUUGACUGCGGACUACGUGCCGGACAUCUGGCUCUGAACGACCCAGCUGUUUGAGAGUGGAUUUGGUACAGCACAAAAGAAAGACUGACAGUAUGCCUUACCUCGAGGCACAUCCACACGGCCACCAAUAGCACCUGGAUGCACUGGAAUUGCAUCCUUCUUCAAAGCAUCCGACAUGGCUAUGUCGGGAAUUCUGGGCGACAGGUGAGACCUAAACAGGCGGCGUCCAACGUCGCCCGGUCCUGUAGUCGAAAGAUUCGGGCCCCUUCCAGGGCUGAGAAUACCUUCGCCAUAUGGUACCUUGUAUACCUAUGGAAGAAGUCUCAUCUUGGUGUGGACGUCGACACUGGUGGCAAUGACUCACCAACUAUGACUAUUCAUCCGAGGUGAAGGAAGGACGCCAUUCGAGGCAGGGCAUUCCGCUUGGGGAGAGUGUAUAGUUUUUGCCGGUGAGGAUCCGAUGUUUGAACCGUGUCCACAUGAGUUAGCCCUCAUAAAUGCUGCUGCCGAAUAGAGAGGCGAUGGCAGCGUACCACAUUUUACAAUGUGGCGUGGUGGUGAUGGUUCGACCAUUCUAGCAUCUUCCCUGCUAUAACGGUCGGGUCAAGCUCAGCAUAGGAACUCAGAGAUGAAAUACAAUGACUCUGUCUAUUUAGUAUA